AUGGAGGAGGAGGACUCCAGAUCGAUGAAAAAGCCCAUACCCGACGGCGAAGGCAGUGAAGAGAGUGGUUGGACUACUUAUCUCGAAGACUUCUCUCGAAACAGCGCCGACGGAGGAGACAAUAGCUUCUGCUCCACCUUCAGAACCUUGCCUAUGGUUUCGGACGCUGCUUCGUGUGCCAUCCACGGGAACGCCGUCGCUGAACCGAACCCUCCAAGGAGGCUGAGCACGAUCAAGAGGACGAGGACCAGAGAGAUCACAGACGAAGAUCCACUAGAGGACACCGCAACUUCUCCCGUGAACAGUCCCAAGAUCAAUCAUCUAAAGCGGAUGGAGAUGAUGGGCACUCGGAUGACAGAUGAUCCUCCUCUUCAUCAUGCGCUGGGUAACGGGGGUGCAUCGGAGAGCUGCAUGGGAUUGAAGGUGAGAGAAAGCAGCGAAAGCGAGAAGACGAUGUGCGGUGGGGAUGAUUGGCAGAAGUAUGAGUGCUCUAGCUUGAGGAAGAGAGGGCUUUGCUUGGUUCCUUUGUCCAUUUUCAUGAACAAUCGGCUUGGUUGAAUUGAUUCCAUCUCCCUCUCUCUCUCUUCUGUGCCUCCCAUCAACCGUGUAGAAACUUCUGUAAAUAAGUUUACCGUUGAUGGUAAUUCGGCCCAAUGCUUCUGUCUUUUAUUUGUGAACCCCCAUGUAAAUCAAAAUUGUCAUUUCGACUUCCUGUGUUCGAUUAUGUCCUUGUUGUCAUCCCACGUAGUUUGAUUUUGUUCAUGUUGACACAUGCGGAAAAUACAUGCAACAUUACUCAAUUUUACCCU